AUAAGGUAUGGUCAAUGUCCGCGCACGAUAAGGCUGGGGACAGACGGUGUCUGUGCGGUGUGGAUGGUGCAUGUAUAUUUGUAGCGAGUGAGUGAUGCGCCGCAAUCAUCGCAGUCCGACUACGGUCCGGAGUAAUGUGGCUGCAUGGAGGACGAAGGAUGGAAGGGCGAUGGUGGAGCAGGGAAGAAGGGGAGAAGGCUCAGGACCCUCAGGUACAGGUACUGUAGCUACCUUGGGUAGUAGGUACAAGUACCUUGGGCUAGCUGGCAGGGACGAUGGAUGUAUUUUGGGAUCAGGCGAGCACCAGUACCUCCGCUAGUUCUACCUGCUGAGCGCGUUUCCGACCCGUAGACGCCCACAACACGGAGGAGGAGGAUGAGGAUGCAGACAAUAAGAAAGUGGUAGCUCGAGGCAAGCCGCCGACAACCAUGGACGUACCUGUUGGGUGGGAGGAUGAGGAUGAGGAUGUGGAGAAAGGUAAGCUCGGUUGCCAGGCGGGCGAGAGCGGAGGCGCGUCAAAAGAAGAAGGCCAUGGGGGAGAAAAAAGGCAGAUCGGAAAGAAGAAGGGUGGAAGAGCGUGUGGACAGCGAGCUGGAGCAAGGAGAGAAUAUGAAGCUCAGCAGUGGUGUGGUGGUGGUGGUGAUGAUGAGAACAGGGGUGGGGAUAAGGUGACGAUUUGCGCGGUUUGGAGUGGUGGGGGCUGGUUCCGUGGUCACUGCGCAGUGGCUCCCCCUCGUUCGGGGGCCCAUUCUACAUGGAGCAAAGUGCAGUGCGUGGAUGAUGAUAGUGUCGUCUGCCACGACUGGACGGAGGUGGUACACCAGGGUGACAGGGUCGAACCUAUCCCCUAUGGCGGUUUGGCGGGAGGUACACGCGGCGACUCCUACGCUACUGCUAGUUCUCCCACUCCCGCCUGCGAUCAGCAACGGUUGACGAGAUGGCACGCUUCAGACUAUCCUCGUUUAACUACAGUACUCACGCCGGCUGCAGAUAAAUCUGUCACACUCUACGUCCGACAGUUCUGGUCCACAGCAAGGAACAGUAAGGUGGACCACUACUCGGCCGCAGAAGCUUCCCACGACUCACCUCGUGCAGCACAUGUCAAUCCUACUGGUUUAAUCGCAUCGUCUUCUGUACCAACGUCUCCGUCGGCGAUCGCGUUCGACGACACCCGCCAUCGUGCUCACUCGACCACAUCAAUCCUCAAUCCUGCACCGGUCAGCGAUCACUCACUGGAGGAAAUUUUCUUUACGAUGCUUUUUUGUUUCGCCGUUGUUGACGAGAUGUUGCAUGCAUGCAUGCACUUUGACAUACCUUAUCUUUGGCUACACCUUGCGUGGCGGAGUCCUUCUUUAUUCGUCACUUACGAUCAACACAAACUCGACGUGCCCGCGUACAUACCUUAUACAGGUAAUGUAGGUCAGGCAGCACACGGCCUCCGGAAGGCCAAACACUACUACCUAUAUCCGGGACUCGCCUAA